AGAUAAUCUGUGCAAGAGGUUAUCCUAAAACGGUCGCAUUUCAGCCGUAAUUUAUUUCAUUAUCUAAGAUUUUCGGUUUCAGGCACGAUUUCCAAGCGAGAAGGGUAAGAGACAUUAAGCAAGCAUCAGUAAAAGUUGAACUGAAUUCUUUUUGGUGUCGUAGCUCAUUUUAAUUUUGAACUUUUACAGCAUUGCCCCGUGCCAAACCGUGAAAGUUCACGUAGGAUCUGUUGCUUCAUCUCUUUAUGACUGAACCUAAAUCAAAACGCACGAUGCCUGUACCUAAUACAGAAGUUCGGAAAGGUUUGAAGAGACAGAACUCAGGACCAAUAACAGGAGUAUCCACCAAAAAGUUUCUGCACUCCUUGGAUUUUGUGAAACCAGUUCCUCGGCAUUCCAGAGGUCCUGGAUUGGUGUUGGCUUUUGGACAAGGCGAAGUGGGUCAGUUGGGGCUUGGACCAGAUAUUUUCGAAAAAAACAAACCAGCUGUUGUACCGGAUGUAGACAAUAUCAUUGACAUCUAUGCUGGUGGCAUGCACACUGUCUGUCUUACCGCUGAUGGAGAAGUAAUCACUUGGGGCUGCAAUGACGAAGGCGCUUUGGGGCGAGAAACGACAGAAGAAGGAAGUGAAACGGAACCAGGAAAAGUGGACCUUCCAGAGAAGGCGGUCAUCAUAACCGCAGGUGACUCUCACUCUGCAGCAUUGUUGGAGUCUGGACGUGUGUUUGCUUGGGGUUCAUUUAGGGAUUCUCACGGAACAAUGGGCCUCACGCCAAGCGGAAUCCAAAAAGUGCCUGUGGAGUUGGUUCUUCCGACACGUGUCCUCAAGCUAGCCUCUGGAGCAGAUCAUCUUGCUCUUCUAACAGUUGACGGACAAGUUUACACCUGUGGCUGUGGAGAACAGGGUCAGCUUGGCCGCCUCCCUGAACGUAGCGCUCAAAGAAACAAUCGACUUGGCAUUGUUCAACUGUUAACGCCUGCGAUUGUCUCCUUUCAUCCAAGAUUGAAAUUAGAGUUUGAUGAGGUAUGGACUGGAGCUUAUUGCACUUUUGCUAGGGAAAAGAAGAAGAGCAAGGUGUAUGCAUUUGGACUGAACAAUUACAAUCAACUUGGUUUGAAAAACACAAAAAAUCAUUUUCACCCCCUCGUGUCAGAGUCUCUUAGCUGCAAAAAGUGGAAUCAAAUCAGCGGAGGCCAACACCACACUAUAGCUUUAGACAAUGAUGGUGUGACAUAUGCAAUCGGAAGAAAAGAGUAUGGUCGUCUAGGACUGGGCGACAUUGAUGAAGAUGCUCUAGUUCCCACCGUUAUUCCAACAUUAAAAGACAAAAAUGUAGUCAAUAUUGCAAGUGGAAGUGCAGUGUCGUUUGCUGUGUCAGAUGAUGGUGAAGUUUGGGGUUGGGGUAUGGGAACUAACAAUCAGCUUGGUACCGGUGAUGACGAGGACCUGCUCAUCCCAACGAAGAUCAGUGGCAAACAGCUAGAAACGCGAUCAGUGCUUCAAGUGUCGGCUGGUGGCCAACAUACGGUCCUUUUGGCCAAAAACAAGUGAUAAAUGCCUGCCCUACCUCCUUUUUUUAUUCACCUUUACAUUUUAAGAUUAACCAAUUUUUACUGUAUAAUUUACCCUGUACCCAGGAAGCCUGCUAAUCAAACCUGUAAAUUCAGACUUCAAAUCAUCUGAUACCACAAUUUUUUGUGAUUCCAGCUUCACAAUUAUUCGAUGGCUCAAUCAGGGGGCCGUGUAUCUUGAUUUGUAGCUUUGCAGACUUUCCGUCGUGCUUUACUUUCAAUUGGAAAUCAGCGUAAUUUCAUGAAAAAUUCUUUUGCAAAAAUAUAUUGCAGAAAUGUGGAAACACAAUAACUAAGAUACAAAGUUUCCGAGUUUGAUCAUCAACAUAAUUUGUGUAAUGCUUACUAACAGAGUGCAACUGGACUGCUGUAUUCAGGUUUCGAUAUUGAGAGAGGCUAUUUCUUAGUCAAGCUGUUUUUAAAGGACAUUUUAGUUGGCAAUUUGCCCUGCGCAUUGUGCAACUAAGCUUAAAGGUAUGAAUUCAAACAAAGCUGUGGGUAUAAGAGGGUGACCUAACAAUCGUGAAUUUUUAUCUUCAAACUCUCAGUUUUUAUGCUGCAGGUGUUGAAUAUCAUUUGCCCCCUGGUUACAAGUUUAAGAUAAAUUUUGCUCUUGUUCAAUUGAUUGAUUUUUAAUUGUGAAUCAGAAAGGUAAUUUUACCUGCACUGAAAUCUAACCCUCGGCCAUCCUUCUAAAUUUUUCUUUUAGUAUAAAUGGGUCUGUUACAUAAACUGAAAGAAGAUUGGAUAAUCAUAUUUAUAGUGUGACAUACCCAACUGUAUUAGUUUUUUUUUUAACUUGUGUGUUUUUAUUUAUAAGAAACUGAUUUUUUCUC